CCUGACCCCAUGGGCCACUUGCUCAGAGGCAAGCAAGGAGCUGACCUGACCGAGUCUCGGGACACUAACAGUGGUUCUGAUCUCCACGGUCGCGGUCUCUGACCACACACAUUACAACCUUACCUGUCUUCAGAGCAGAGUCCUUUCCAACCGACGACAUGAUAGAACCCUCUGAAGACUCAUUUGAGACGAUGAUGGAGCUUAAUAAUCCAUCAUCAAAACAAAUGGAGUCCUCCGAGGGCUCAUCCAACACCGUUGAGGAGGCACCGGGCAGCAGCGGGGCACAGGCGCAGGCAGAGGCGGGCUCAGACAGCGGCCCAGCCCAGGAAGGAAAAGAGCCACCCAGUGGCUCGACCCAGGAAAUGCAAGAGCUGCCCAUUGAUCUAUACCAAAACUUGGAGGAGCCAUUCAGUGGCCGGUAUGAGGAACGAGAGAAGCUGCCCACUGAUCUUCUCCAAGACAUGGAGGAAACCAGUGGCCCACGUGAGGAACGAGAUGAGCUGCCCACUGAUCUACUCCAAGAAUUGGAGGAGUCAUCCAGUGGCCCAUUUGAGGAACGAGAAGAGCUGCCCACUGAUACACUCGAAAACGUGGAGGAACCAUCCAGUGGCCCACGUGAGGAACGAGAUGAGCUGCCCACUGAUACACUCGAAAACGUGGAGGAACCAUCCAGUGGCCCAUUUGAGGAACGAGAAGAGCUGCCCACUGAUACACUCGAAAACGUGGAGGAACCAUCCAGUGGCCCACGUGAGGAACGAGAAGAGCUGCCCACUGAUAUACUCGAAAACGUGGAGGAACCACCCAGUGGCCCAUUUGAGGAACGAGAAGAGCUGCCCACUGAUACACUCGAAAACGUGGAGGAACCACCCAGUGGCCCACCUGAGGAACAAGAAGAGCUGCCCACUGAUACACUCGAAAACGUGGAGGAACCAUCCAGUGACCCAUGUGAGGAACAAGAGGAGCUGCCCACUGAUAUACUCGAAAACAUGGAGGAACCACCCAGUGGCCCAUUUGAGGAACGAGAAGAGCUGCCCACUGAUAUACUCGAAAACGUGGAGGAACCAUCCAGUGACCCAUGUGAGGAACAAGAGGAGCUGCCCACUGAUACACUCGAAAACAUGGAGGAACCACCCAGUGGCCCACCUGAGGAACGAGAGGAGCUGCCCACUGAUACACUCGAAGACAUGGAGGAACCAUACAGUGACCCAUGUGAGGAACAAGAGGAUCCACCCAGUGACCUACUCCAAGACAUGGAGGAGUCAUGUGAUAGUUCACACGAGGAAGAGGAGGAUCCACUCAGUGAGAUUGCUAUCUCAUCUGAUGGCAUAGAUUCAGUGUUCGCCAACUCAUCUGAGACCCACACAGAGCAAGGAGAUGAGACUGACCUGGAAGAUGAAGAAGAUGAGCUGAACCUCGGAGAGGAGGCUCAGCCCGGGGGCUCUCCAGAAGAAGUCAUGGCCACAAUGGAGUCCAUCAUCUCGGUGUUCCUCCGAAUGCAUGACAUUGAACACCAACAGAGAGUAGCGGAGAGGAUCUUGAUGCAAGCCAUCGAAGAAGGCCGGCUCCCCAAACUCAGGCACUUCUCUGGAGAUCGCAGAGAAUACCAUGAGUUCAUUGUGCUCUGUCAGAUGACCCUACAGAACUACCCAUCAAUGUUCCACAAUGACCAGCUACGGGUGAAAUUUGUCAUGUGUCAUCUGUCUGACCUAGCCUUAGAAUGGGCCAACGGCCUGGUAGAGCAGAACAGUCCUCUACUGAACAACUACUCAGGCUUCAUCGAGGCCAUGUCAGAAAUGUUCGAGUACAGGCAGACGCAGCGUGUGGCGGAAGACGCCAUGUUCAAUAUCAGGCAGGGGAACCGCGGUGUUGCCGAAUACAUCAAUGAGUUCCAGAGUCUGAUACCCACCUUGGGCUGGCCAGAUGAAGUCCUGCAGGCCCACCUGUGCCACGGGCUCAAUGAAGACAUCAGGCAUUAUCUGUUUCGAAUCCCCCAGCCGGCAUGCCUGGAGAACCUGAUGGUGCUCGUCCUGCAAAUUGAAGAUAAGCUGGCAGAGAGAAGGGCAAUACUCAGGCUGCCCCCCGAGGCCCGCCCAAGAAGCAUUAUCUGGAUGGACACACCUCUCCCCCAGAAGUGGUAUGUGAGCAGCUGGCUGCCCAAUGCGUUUUAUCCCAACAUCAAUCGUGCCCACCUCUUCCUGCUGCUCAUGGUGAGGGUGAACCCCUACCACAGUGUCGCAGUGCAGGCCCUGGUGGACUCAGGAGCAGAAGGGAACUACAUGGACGAGAAGUUUGCCCAAGAACACUACGUGGAGCUCUACGAGAGACCCUAUCCACAGGCAGUCCAAACCGUGGAUGGCUCCCUGACCGGCAAUGAACCUAUCUCGCUGUGCACCGAACCCCUGAUAUGUUUCCAGCAGAAUCACUGUGAGUACAUCGAAUUUGACAUCGUACCUUCAUCGCAGUUCUCUGUGGUCCUCGGCAUCAAGUGGCUCCGUACCCAUACACCUGAAGUUGACUGGCUCAAAGGCCGUUGCACCUUCCACUCUCCCUACUGCCUGAAGAAUUGCUUCCACCCACCCCCACCAUGCAUCGCACUGGAGAAAGUUAGCAUGACCAUGCUACCCGGAUUGCCGCAAAUGUAUUCAGACCUGGCCGAUGUGUUUAUCGUGAAGGAAGCAGAUGAUGAGACUUCCGACCAGCCAAGCUCAGACGGAUCCGAUGAUCUUUCUGAAUCAGAGCCCUCUGAGCUUCAGCAGGCUGGAGACAGUGAUCGCAACGACGUCUUUUAUGAGAGUUCUUCCAAGAGGCCUUAUCAAUCUGUGAGAGCCAGGACGCAAGAAAAAGCCAGGCAGCAAGAGCAAUUCUGGAUACUAUAUGACAUGCUGAAUGACAGACAGGACUACAUACAGAUGAUGCCAGAACUGUUUGACCAGUUACAUGGAGCUACAUGGUUCACAAAACUGGAGCUGCGAGACAUUGCUAAGGAACCCAGGGUGGACUACAGCCUCACACACACAGAAGACACAUGGAGAGCAACAUUUGGUUUGACCUCUUCCCAGAUUAGAUGCUACCGGCCCUUCACAAUAGACUCAUAUGCUGACGACUGUGAUACUGAGAUUCACUUUAUCCUAAAAGACAUCCUAGGCUUCUUUGUGAUUGCCCAUGGCCGAGAGCUCCUGAUCUACUCAAUGAGCCAGGAGGAACACUCUGAUCAUGUCCGCCAAAUCCUGCUCCGCCUUCGGAAUAACAAUAUCCACUGCUCCCUGGACAAAACCCAGUUCCAUCGCCAUAAGGCAGAAUUCAUGGGUUUCGCCCUCUCCCCCAAAGGGGUGAAACUGAACAAGACCAUCAUGAACGUCAUCAUGGGGUGUCCUGCCCCCAGCGACAGGAAAUCCCUGCAAAGCGUUAUCGAACUCUUCUAUCCCUACCGCCACUUCGUGGAGCACUUUGCCAUCAUGGCAGAGCCCCUGGUGAAACUGCUGCUGAGCUCAGAGCCCUACUGCUGGGGUGAAGAACAUCAGGAAGCCUUAGACUGCCUGAAGGGCGCUUUCCGAAAGGCGCCCUUUCUGUACCAUCCCAAGCCUCAGAAUCCAUUCUACUUGGAAACAGGCGUCACUGGGUCAUUCCUACAUGCCUCCCUGAUCCAAACUGAUGAAGAAACUGGCAAGAAAGCUAUCUGCUCUUUCUACUCACGACAUCUCUCCCCAAUCGAGGUGGAGUACCCUCAAGUGGAGAUGAGGAUCCUUCCAGUCCGGGCUUCCUUCAUGGUGUGGUGUCGCUACCUGGAGAACACCGAGGAGCCCAUCAUGAUCCUUCUCAACACAGAGGAUCUAGCCUCUCUGAAUAAUGACAGGCUCACCGUACUUCUCCCCGGGCAUUGGCUCUACUUCUUCGCUCACUUCCAUUAUGAUGUGAUGGAGCUGCCUGAUGAUGAUGACCCCCGAGCUCUGUCCCGUAGAAAUCCAAACCUGAGAUUCUCGAUGGGCAGGUACAUGCGGCCACUGCUGCUUCUUGCCCUGAGGGCAAGCCAAAGGGACGCGUUCUCUGAUUUUGGGUCCGAGCCCGAGGCUGAGACUGAGUCCGAGGACAGUGACGAUGAGUCAGACGAGGAAGGGGCAGAGUUGAAACGGCAGGCCGUGGUACAGGAGGUACUCUCUGCCAUCCCAAUAGAACAGAUCCUCAACAGCCUCAUGACCCACUUCAGCAGGGUCCAGAUCCGGUCCGUUGUCCUACACUUCUUCCGUGGCCUGCUCUACUGGAAGAGUGUCCUGGGUGUGGCAUCCCUCCUGGUGAUGAUGAGGGUGAGGCAGCCCCUCUCCCCACUUCCUGCCCCCUCUUUGGAGGUGGCCAGGCCUGAGCCCCGACACACACUCCGGCUCAUCCUGGACUCAAGCCUCAUUGCAGGUAGUGGCAUGGCCACAGCCAUCGCUCAGUUGCUCAGCCAGAUGCCCCGGGUAGCGCGGGCCAACACCCUCCCAGCUCGAGAGCUGGCUGAACUGUACCUGAGCCCCAGGUGCUGGCAUCGGAAUGCCCUGCAUUCCCAGCCCCCACGGGGCCUGCGAUUUACCCCAGGGUUCUGGUUGACCCUGUGUGAGUUCUUCGGGGUCAGAGUCAACCCCGAGGAGGACAUCUUCCCGGACCCAUACCAGCAACGAUACUUGGAGCUGCACGUCGUUGGUGAUGAAGAUGUCGUCUUGCGAGAAGCCCUGCAAGACGACCUGCAACGUUACCGACAGUGUGGCCUGCAUGACGGCCUGCAAGACACCUCGCAGGACGCGCAGGACAACGACGUGCAAGAAGCCCUGCUUGAAGACGAAGAUGCCUUGCUUGGCGACCAAGAAGACCUGCUUGGCGACCAAGAAGCCCUUCUUGGUGACCAAGAAGCCCUGCUUGGAGACCAAGAAGCUGUCACCUUCCGCCCGCGAAAUCUGAUGGACCCAGAGGUUCUUGACUUCCUCAACAACCGCCUACUCUACAUUCUUGGUGCCGAUGGCAGGCUUACUCUGCUCAGCAGAGAUGAGGUGGCCCGGACCCUCACACGAUUCCUCACCAUGGCCUCCAGAAUGGUCCUGUUUUCCCCAGCCAGGGAACAGGCAAGGCUAGAAGCACUGUCAGACUCAUCAGAUGAUGAACUUGACUGAAAACACAACUAAGUUGAUGCCAUUCUCCCUUGUGCCUCAGCUAGCUUUGCUCAAAUCCAGUGACGCCUCCUACCACUCCUGACCCAAGGGGAACCCACUUGUGAAGGGCCACAACUUCAAUUCAUCAACCAGCAACAUCAUCUGUGUUAAAGGACUAGCCAACUGUCAGCGUCCCAGAACCAGCCAAGACUGUGUGCAACCCUGUGCUAACUGUCCAAGACUGUGUGCCACCCUGUCCUAACUGAACGGGCCUCAGACCCACAGCGGGAAGUGAGAUCAAUGAGAGGAGGAAGCAGUGAUGAGCAACAAUGACCCUGUAACCCCAGGCCAGAUGCAGAACAGGCACAGCAGGCGCAGCCAAGCAAGCAGAUGCCAGGGAGCCCCCCCCACCACCACCACCCGAGUGGCGUGAGGCCACCUGUGCAUCCUGGGACACUGACCUCGGGUGCUCCACGGACUUCUACCUCCUCACCGGUGCUCCAACUCCCCUGGGCCCCACCCCACCCCCUCCCAGCCUCCCGAGGUACUGUGGUGCCGUGCCUCCCAGCCCACCCCUCACGCAAACAAGCCCACCCCACACUAUCUGGUUUGGCCCCCUUGACACUUCAUCUGACCCUGAACUCUGAACUUACCUGAGCAGAGCUGCUCUGUGGGGCAUCCGACGUACCAGUGCGACUUACCUGAUAGACUUGCCCACCUUGAAGGUCCCUGAGACUCAGGGACCACCAGAAAAGGUGGUAGCACCAAGUGGGGCUCCCGUUCCCAAAACUGACAGCUGGACAGUGCAGGGGCCAGAGACCCCACAUAAAGAAGGGAGCCCCCAAGGACACUGGUGAUGCCCCAGACACCCAGCCUGCUGUGCCAAGGAGCCCAGACCACUGCUCUUUGUCAUGGGAAGGAGCACCUUCCUAUACUUUCCAUCCCGCUUCUGCUUUUGCCCCACAAAUAAAGAGAAUAAAGAUUA